AGAAACAGAAGAAGUGGAAGGAUGCGGGCAAUUCACAUGGUGAGCCCGCGAUUGAGUUCGUGCCUCAGGCCUAUCUUCUUCGGUCGAUUUUCUUCUUCUCCUCGGGAUUUCGUUUUCCCGCUCUCUAACCCUAGGCGCUUUUACUGUGCGGCGGCGGCGGCGGAGAAUGUAGACUCCGGCGGCGGCGGAGGGAGGUCUGGCUCGGUGACGGCUCCUCCGAUGAUGGAAGAUUUUCAGAAGAUUGAUGUGAAUCCUCCCAAGGGAACUCGUGAUUUCUCGCCUGAGGAUAUGCGUCUCCGUAACUGGCUCUUCCAGCAUUUCAAAGAGGUUUCACGGUUGUUUGGGUUCGAAGAAGUGGAUUUUCCAGUAUUGGAGUCGGAGGCAUUGUUCAUUAGGAAAGCAGGGGAAGAGAUUCGAGACCAAUUAUAUUGUUUUGAAGAUCGCGGAAACCGGCGUGUAGCAUUGAGGCCUGAGCUUACCCCUUCUUUAGCGAGACUUGUGAUACAAAAAGGAAAAUCGGUUUCCCUUCCACUGAAGUGGUUUGCUGUUGGGCAGUGCUGGCGGUAUGAGAGAAUGACAAGGGGAAGACGACGAGAGCAUUACCAGUGGAAUAUGGACAUUAUUGGUGUUUCUGAAGUAGCGGCUGAAGCAGAACUAAUCUCAUCAAUAGUUACUUUCUUCAAGCGGAUUGGAAUUACUGCAUCAGAUGUUGGGUUUAAGGUUUCAAGCCGCAAGGUUUUACAAGAAAUGUUAAGAAGCUAUGGGGUACCUGAAAAUUUAUUUGGAAAAGUCUGCAUCGUUAUUGACAAGAUAGAAAAGAUCCCCGUUGAAGAGAUAAAAAAGGAACUCAGGCUCACAGGGAUCUCGGAAGAAGCUAUUGAGCAGCUAUUGGAAGUCCUUUCCAUAAAGUCAUUGGAGAAAUUGGAAGAUGUACUUGGUGGAGCUGGUGAAGCAAUUGCAGACCUAAAACAAUUGUUCUCACUGGCUGAAAAAUUUGGUUAUUCUGAGUGGAUACAGUUUGAUGCAUCUGUUGUGCGCGGUCUGGCCUAUUACACUGGUAUUGUCUUCGAGGGAUUUGAUCGAGGAGGGAAGCUGCGAGCUAUUUGUGGUGGUGGGCGUUACGAUAGGUUACUCUCCACUUUCGGAGGUGAUGAUAUUCCUGCCUGUGGUUUUGGCUUCGGUGAUGCUGUCAUCGUUGAAUUGAUCAAGGAGAAGGGUUUGUUGCCAGAGCUCAAACAAGAGGUAGAGAAUAUUGUUUGUGCAUUGGACAAAGAUCUUCAAGGAGCGGCUGCAACUGUUGCUACCAUACUCAGAGACAAAGGCCACACUGUUGAUUUGGUAUUAGAGAUUAAACCGCUCAAAUGGGUGUUCAAGAGGGCCGCUCGUGUAAAUGCAGCUCGGCUUGUGCUGGUGGGGAAGACAGAGUGGGAAGAGGGUUCGGUCAGUGUCAAGAUCUUGUCUUCUGGUGAGCAAUACAAAGUCAAACUCCAUGAUCUUGACUAGUAUUACCUCCAAAAACUCCCCCCCCCCCUAGUCCCUUGAAUUGAGAAUACAAAGUCAACCAUUGUUUUAUUGCUUGUAACUUGUAAGGAUACCACUCAGUUGUUCCUCUGAUAGAAUCUCUAAUAAACUCUUUGAAGAUUAAAUAUUUUUGCUGAAUCGAGAUUGGAUUUGUUGAUCUAA